CUAGAAUUUAACCGCGAAGUUAUCUUCCUCCGUGAACGAUCCCAACUCCGCCGUCUUCCGCCGCUGAUCUUCGAAGCGGGCAAUCUCGGAGACUAUAUCUUCUCCGUACUAGAAAAAAGGAGAGAACUUGGAAGUUUUUACAGAUAAUAAAAUGUCCAGAGCAAUGGCUUCCCUUACAAUCAAAGCGAUUUUCUGUAUGCAAUUGCUACCUUUGCUCAUCGGAGCUUUUUCCGUUAUCCGAAUCAACCGUAGUUGGGAUAUGGAAGAAGGAUUGCUACGAAGGCAAACCGGACACCAGAGAGAGUUUGAUUACUUCAAGCUAUCUCUCUUAUGGCCUGGCACGGCUUGCCGGAAUACCACCAAAUGCUGCUCUUCCAAUGCCUGUUGCCGCUCAAACUCACCAUCAAUAUUCACUAUUCAUGGACUUUGGGCUGAUUACAAUGACGGAACUUGGCCUGCAUGUUGUUCUGGCCCCCAAUUUGAUAGGGAGCAGAUUUCAACACUGCGUAGGCCUAUGAAGAAGUACUGGCCUUCUUUUAGUUGCGAGGCCACCUCAACUUGUCACCAUGAAAAAGGAUCAUUUUGGGCUCAUGAGUGGGAAAAACACGGAACAUGUUCUUAUCCAGUUGUCCAUGAUGAGUAUGAGUACUUCCUGAUGACUUUGAAUGUUUACUUCAAAUAUAACGUCACUGGAGUUCUGUUUGAAGCCGGGUAUGUACCCUCAAAUUCUGAGAAAUAUCCAUUGGGAGGCAUCAUUUCAGCCAUUCAAAAUGCCUUUCAUGCAACUCCAGAGUUGAUAUGCUCAGGCGAUGCGGUGGAGGAACUAAGAAUAUGCUUCUAUAAGGAUUUACAGCCUCGUGAUUGUGCAAGUGGAUCUAUCAUUAAAAGUGGUAGAGUCUCUUCUGGGUCAUGUCCUCAGUAUGUCAGCUUGCCAGUAAAUGGAUCAGGGGGUAACAAACAAGUGGCUGGGUUCGGUCUCAAGCUUUGCUUUGCAGUUCACUUACUAUUGAUUUUUGCAUUUAUCUGAGAAGGGCUUGACAACACAACGGCAGAUUUUUUAUCUGAGCGAUAGUCUUACAGCAGUUCCCCAUGGUCUAAGUCAAUUUGAUCAGGUAAAUUUGACAAGGGUUAUAAGAUCAGAUCCUUAUUGCUUUGUGAAGAUGUUUAGCGUUCAGCUUGGUAUUUAUAAGCUAUACAUUCUUCUUGUAAAGAUUAUGAGAUGAUGUUGGUGUAAGUUACUGGUCUUAUCGAAAUAGCAUCUCAACGAGGAUU